AGGGUGAAGUCAUUUUACUUCCAAUUUCCCUGUCGUCUGUGAAGAACACUGCUUACACUUUACUAGUCUUCUGCUCCCUGAAGAAACUCUCAUUACAUUCUCAACUUGAGUACAGCAAAAAUGGUGAAAAAGCCAUGGAAAAUAAUCCCACGGCCACUCCUGGAAACCGUCCUCAACAACCACGCUCAACACCACCGAGUUCCUCAGCCCCUUAUUCUUCACGGCCCUCGUGGCGUCGGCAAAACCACUCUAAUCCUCGAGCGUCUUAUGGGUAAAUGGAACAGUGGCCCUCAUGUAACAGGCUACGUGGACUUUGCUGAAUCCGUAAAAGAUCAUCACCCAAUUCACGGUCAAUCAUUUCCCUGGGCUUCUUGGUCCAGUUGCCCACCUCCUUUACUGCCCUCUCUUACAACUCAACUCGAAUGUUGCCUCGAAUCGAUGGCCCAAAAGGGCAUUAAGCUUGGAACUAUAAGCUCUCACCAGAUUUUCACUGUUUUGAGUAAAUGGCAUGGACUUAAUACAGCCCUUAAACAGAUCCUAAAUGGUAGUGUUUCUAACUCCAGGAAGGCUGUUUCUAUUAGGAAUAGUUCGGUGUUGAAUUUAUGGGAAAGGGCAGUGUUUGCGUCAAGUGUUCGAUUAAAUGCCCAAGAGAGCUCUGGGUUGAGUUUGGAGGAAGAGACGUAUUAUAAGGAAGCAAUGGCGGCUUUGAAUUUGGCUAAAGAGGUUAUAAGUGUGCAGCAAAAGUGGAGAGCUAAUGCGAUCAAGCAUUUGAAUCAGUCUGGUGGAUUUUCGAGGUCUUUGGCCAAUUCAGCCACGGAUUGGCCCUGUUUGUUAUUAGAACUCCUUUCAUCUGCCGCUGAAAUAGAUUAUUUUCAGCCGAAGCUGGUGAUAAACAAUAUUGAAGUCCUUAAGAAUGCAAUACUGAAAGAUGAUUCUACUGUCUGUGGGUCCAUGUAUCACGAUAGUCUGAUAUGGAGAAUGAUAGCCUUGGGUGCAAAUGAGAGAUGUCUCCCAGUUAUUCUUGUAACAUCUGAUAGCUACUACUCAUAUCGUGCCUAUAUGGAUUUUGGAUUUCCGGACAUUUUCAUCUCACGUGAGACAUUUGGGUGGACUCCUGCAGAAGCUAAAAUGCAUAUGGUUGACGACUAUUUUAGUCAGUCAGAGUGGAAUGUGAUUGUUGAGGUGCUAGGGCCGAAUCCGAGACAUCUAUUUGAGGUUUAUGCACUCAAGCUAAGUAAUUACUACCAGAAGGUCAUGAGUGAGAAGAGCAGUAAAUUUGAGGAUAUCGUGGAUGCAUACUUGGCAUAUCUUCAAGUUACAGUAGUUAAUCCUGCCAUGGAUAGAGCAUUGUCACUUCUACAGAAGUUUGCUGUUGAUGCACGAAGUGGAAGAAUUUUGAAGGACAAGCUAUGUUUUGGUGCUCCCUGGAGACACCCUCCAUCUUCUAAUGAUCCUGUAUUGUGUCGUCAGUGGGCUAAACUUCAACUUAUGGACUUUGUUCAGUCUCUCGUGAAAGCAGAAUUUGGGGUAAACUAUCUAGCUGAUUGUAGUCUUGAAAUCUUUGAUGAUCCCUCUGCUAUUGCAUUAAUAGAGGUCGGUCUGCUGUAUUCACAACGGGAUCCAUCAUUCAUUCGUCCUGUUUCUCGGGGUAUUCAGAGAUGCCUCGUUAGAUGGCUUGUUCAACAGCGAAUGGAACUGAACUUGAAGAAUUCACUCCAGCAUCUUUGGCAGCGAGUCAUCCGGGGGCGCAGCUAUCGCCAUCUAAUGUUAGAAGUAGGAUACAAGUAGCUCAUCAAGGGCUAUGGUGAAUUAAUAACUGUUGCUCAAGCAUUUUGAUGGAUAUAUCUUUAUUUAAGGUGGGUCAAGCUCAUGCUUACAAUGGUGAAGUUGUCCUUUCAUCAUAAAAAAAUUUUGCACUGUUGGUUGGAGCUGUUACAUUUUCUCAGUGCAAUAUUGUUCGCAUUCAUCAUCCGUGAUCCUUUGACCUCGCCCCAUCUUUGGUUGAAUGUAGCAUCUCCACUAUAGAUUUGGAAUGGUGAAGAAUACACCUAGAGACAUCCAGAGCUAUUGUACAUUUUUGAAGUCACUCAUGGGUGCUUUUCUUAUUGGAGCGGGUGGUCUCCCUUCAGUACUUGAAGGCGGCCUCAUUUAUUUCUUUUAUUUUCUCCUCUCAAUUGGUAUGGGAGAUUCUAUUAUUUCAUUUUUGGGUGUUGUGUGGAAAAAGGGAGAGAGAGACUGUUGCCUUGAAGAUCAGCCUGCAACGAAUCACUUACACGGGCAUCCAUGAAUAAUGUUCACCAUUGAUUUAUGAAAGGCGUAUAUACGAAGACUCUAACAACCUUUCUCGAACCCGCGGACGCUCAUUUUGUUUGGGUGCUUCCACAACUAAUGGCUUAACAAAUACUGUUAGGAAGGACUGCAUUUAUAUAUGUAGGGGAAGAAAGUUGAGAUUUAUUGUUGUAGAACAUCUAAUUUUCUCAAUCUGCUAGGGAAAAAGCAAUUUGGGAACAUUGUUUUCCUUCUAAUAUUUCACUUAAGGGUGCUCGUUAGUUCUUUUAUAUAUCAUUGAAUAUAUUGAGAAAGUUAUAAAGUUGAUAGGUAAGCUAGCCAGAUGGUUUUGUAAGCACUGCAUUAUCCUCUCUUUUGGUCUGAUAUAAUUCUUUCUGAUUUCUCGUAUGUGUAAUCUGGAAGAGGAUUGGAAAAUCUUGGCUUUGCAGUUUGUUAUGAGUAUUUUUUUUGCU